AAUAUUCCAUUUCAGAAUGAGGAAUAGAUCCCAAUAACAAAUAGAGCCGAUUUCAUAAAUGCGCUAUAAUUCGCGUUUCAGAUUAAUCCGAUCAUCUGAGAUACAGCCAUGAGACUCGACAUUUAGAUGUUGUGUAGCCUACACUAUAAAUGUAUCACACAGGAGGUAAGCGAGGUGUUUCAUAAUAGCCCACUAGAACGUACCACACCGUAAUGCACCCUCUCCCCCUCUCGGGCAUUCCAACAUCCUGUUCCUCCCCGUUUUAACCACUUGCCUUGGUUGAGUCCAAACAGAACAUCAUGGCGAUUGAUGGUGGCGAACGUAAUUGUGGAGUACAUGAGCUCAUCUGCAUCAGAAAAGUGUCUCCCGAGGCCCUGGGGUUCCUGACGGCCGUUGGCGUCUUCAUCGUUCUCAUGAUCCUGCUCUUUUUAUACCUCAACAACAAGCUGUCCCUGGAGAACGCCGGGCCUCUGCCGUGCCUUGAUGACUACAGGAAAACCAAGGAAUCGCAAGAUAAGACCUUUCCUGAUGGGGACUUCCAGGGCUCGUCGUCGGACAGCGAGGACGAGGUGUUGGGGAAGUACCAGGAGGCUGUGAGUCGCUCCCAGGGGCUGCGCGGCGGUGCGGCUAGCGCAUGCCACCCGAAGGGCUAUGGCUGGGAGACGCGUCAGAAGUAUAGCCCCCUCACCGCCGAGUAUGAUGGGUACAGCAGCGAGGCCUCUGCCGAGGACGCGAACUGCAUUCAGCGAAUGAGACGCACGCCUCCGCUGGACGAGCUCCAGCCGCCACCUUACCAGGACGAGGACGGCUCGCCGCGCAUGUCCAGCACGCCCUCCGACCUGGGCGAUGCCAAGUGCGGCCUGUCUCACGCCAGCGACAGCCCGCGCCACUCAUACGGCAAGUGCCCAAGUGAGGGCAGCGGCGCGCAAGAGACAGAGAGCUACCUCACCAAGGGCUACGAGGAGGACGUGCCCAGCGACAGCACGGCCGUGCUCAGCCCUGAGGACAUGUCAGCUCGUGGGUCUGCUGGCCAGCUCCCAAAAGGCUACGAGCCAGACCCAGUGGCCCAGUACGGCACCCUGGAUGUGGUGUUUGACUACAACUCAAAGGACCAGCGGCUGGCGGUGACGGUCACAGCAGUCACCGACAUCCCUCCCCUCAAGCGGACGGGCAACAUCUCCUGGCAGGUGCACCUGGUGCUGCUGCCCACCAAGAAGCAGCGGGCCAAGACGGGCAUCCAGAAGGGCCCGUGCCCAGUCUUCACAGAGACAUUCCGCUUCAGCCACAUCGAGACGGAGAUGAUCGGCAAUUACGCCGUGCGCUUCCGCCUGUACAGCAUACGCCGCAUGAAGAAGGAGAAGGUGCUGGGCGAGAAGGUGUUCUACCUCACCAAACUCAACCUGCAGGGCAAGAUGUCCGUGCCUGUCAUACUGGAUCCCUGCCCAACAAUACCAGGCAGUGAGUCCCAGGUCAGCAUCUCAGAGAUGUCCAGCCAGAGUGCGUCUUCAUUCCAGUCGGAGGGCCAAGGCUCCUCGCCAGAGAUCCUGGUAGGUCUCGUUUACAAUGCCACCACUGGCCGUCUCUCCGUGGAGAUCAUCAAAGGCAGCCACUUCAAGAAUCUGGCUGCCAAUAAGCCACCCACUUCCCAACCCUUGUUGUCAGAUGGACUAUUCUGUUGUCUAAAGCACAUGAUAGGUGGACAGGUUUAUAUUAUUAGAGACACGUUUGUCAAGUUGACCUUGCUGAACUCCAUGGGCCAGGAGAUGUCCAAGUGCAAGACGUCCAUCUGCCGCGGACAGCCCAACCCCACCUACAAGGAGACGUUUGUCUUUCAGGUGGCCCUCUUCCAGCUCUCGGACGUCACGCUCAUCCUCUCCGUCUACAACAAGCGCAGCAUCAAACGCAAGGAGAUGAUCGGCUGGAUCUCGUUAGGACUCAACAGCUCCGGCGAGGAGGAGCUCACACACUGGACACAGAUGAAGGAGUCAAAGGGGCAGCAGGUCUGUCACUGGCACAGCCUGUUGGAGUCAUAGAGGAAGGAAGGAUGGAUGGAUGGAAGGAUAUAUGGAUGGAUGGAUGGAUGGACGGUUGUAGGUAUGGAGGAGAGGGAAGGAGGGAUGGAGACUGAGGGGGACACCGACCAGGCCGAGCCUCAGAGGUGCUCAGGGACAGACAGAGCUGUCCCGCCGUGCACUCUGGGAUAUGAAGCCAAGCUGUGGCCUUAACGGUUUCUGAGAGGCAAAUGAGUUUCAUUUGUUAAAUGUAUUCAUUUUUUUGUUGACCUGAAUUUGAAGCAAUGUUAUAUAGUAGUUGGCUUACUUCUUGCCAAGGUUUCAGGUUCCUCAAGAAAGUGUUUUUUCUUUUGUCCCGAUAGUAUACUGUGUGUGUUGAUAUUGGCGGGAUCUGAGAGCUUUGUCACUGGUAUGGCACACUUCAGACUGCACCGUGUUUCAAAAGAUGACAUCUUGAGCCCUGAUGACAGCUAUCUAAACAUUUCAAGGACAUACUUGCACCAUCAUAUUUGCACUUGUCAGUGUACAGAGAGUUCUUGCCUGUCCUCCAUGACACAAACCUCUGUUGUCAUAGGCAAGUCAUGCCUCCACCAGCAGUGCUCCCAGUUUCUAAAAUCAGUUUUUAAACCAAACAGUUGGUAAAAAGCCACAUAUUCAUUUUAAACAUAGGCACUUAAAGUGUAGUACUUUUUCUAAACAUAUGGCUAAUUGUUCCAAGAGUUGUUAAUUCUGAACUAAAGAAUAACCAAUCUUUAAUUAUAUGUAAGGCACUCAAAAUCACGCUAAUAUAAUUUUAUUUUUGAAAUGUGCCGUUUUGUGAGCAGUUAGUAAUCAAACAGUGCUGUGAUGGAUAAAUUGGUGUAUAUUCAUGAAAUGGAAAAUGCAAGUAAAUGAUUGAAUGAUUGAACUGACAAAGCUGCACCAGUGCAAGGCUAUGAGUUAUUCACUCUAAACGUUAGUAAUAAAGCCAGACCAAUGUUCUCACCAGCGUCUGAAACAGGUCUAAGACUUGUAAAAGGCUAUUUUUGUGAUGAUUGCAGAGGACUCUUUGACCACACAAUGAUUUGUGGGGAUUUCUGUGGUGCAAGAGGAUGACUCACAGAAACUCAAAAUCCUGGCCAAUCAAAUUAUGUUUGAAGUUUAAAGCAGGACACAUCCAUUUUCCAUUGUAUCUUUCUGAAAGGCUUUAUCCUCUACCCAGAGAAAAAAAGCUUGAUGUUCCUAAGAGAAGUGUUUUCUGAUUUGUACUUACUGAAAGGGACACUUAUAGUGACAUCAAUUACAUUCUCCCUCUUUUGUUGGUAUGUCUGCUCAUCCACACAGUGCUGUGUUCUACAGUGGCACACCUAGAAUGUUCUCUGCAUGCCUUAUACUUUUGUUUUUACACUGCACACUUCUAUUGUUAAGCAUGGCUGCCAUCCUUGUGUGUGGGGUCCAGCGUGUCUUUUUCAAGGUCAGACCUGCAUGUCCUCACUCACUCUUCGGCAGUCAGUCAGUCAACAGUCAAUAGUCACACUGUAAGAAAACAAACAAAAACACAUGAAAAACAAAAAAACAAACAAAAAAACACUUUCGACAUACGUCUCUAAUGCCUCACACUAGAGUCUGCAUUUAUGAAUGAGUGGCAAGACACUAAACAGUGUGCGAAACUUGGAGUGGGUCCAGCGAUUUUUAGUGGAGCCUUGCUCAUUUGUGGUCUGGCUUAUGUGUUCAGGUUCCCAUAGUGAAAACAGACUCUGUCAUUUUAUAGAAGCUAGAGCCCAUUUUGUGUAGUUAGGAUUCAGCUAGAGUGCUGGUGUAAUGUGAUGCUGACUAACCGCUGCAAAUGCAAUGUUAUGUAAUGAGUUACUUGACAUGUUCUGCCAUAAAGCCCACAUAGUUCUCUCUUAGAAGCUGGCAUAUCUACAGUUUUGUAAUGGCGUCUCGUGAAUCUGACCCAAGAAUGUUACAAAUCAGAUCUGAGUGAUGCACUCCUCCUGGUUGUUGCAUAAAGUUUAAAGAUUUUAUUUUCUUAGUCGGCGUUGCGUUAUGUCCCGAAAACGAGAAAUAGUUUCACAGCCAUUCUCCAUAAUUUAAGCUUUUUUUCCCAACAGAAUCAACACAUUAGACUUGUGGAAGGCUCUUCACGCACUCAAACUAUUCGGCUAGGCCAACACCAGUGCUGAGCGUUGCAUGGGGUCCCUCGAAACCAGCCACAGCAGGAAAGCUCAAGCCUGUGUCAGAAUAACAAUGGCUCAUGAGAUCCCUGAAAGGUGCCACAGAUGUCUUACAGUCUCUCAUAAUGCCUGUGAUUAAGCCUGCUAUUAGAACAUGCUCAGAUAUAUGAACGCAUUAUAACAUGAUUACAUGGACCUAUCUGACAUGCAUAAGCAAGACGAGAUGAAUGCUUGCUUUGGCUUAUGUAUACUGAUGAUAUUGUUUUGUUAUUAUGAUGAGUGACUGCAUAUGAGUGUGGCGAUAAUGUCAGGUACAUUUUGUAGUCGUAUUAUAGCAACAACAAAAAAAAACAUGUAAGCUGGCAAUGAGCUGUAAAAAUUUGUAACAGGAACUGUAUGAAUAUAAUGACACAUUUUGUGGUGGGCUUGUGUCAGAAGAUGUCAAGCAAGGUGUCAGCCUCCUGAGCCCUGCAGCCCAGAGGAAAUAUUAGUGACAGGUGAACUAAAAGUGGCCUGCUUGCUGGUGUUGCUUUUCUAAUCUGUCAUGUGUCAUGAUCUCUGUGUGAUCUUACAAUUUAAAUGGUUCUUUUCAUUCUUUUUGAGCAAAAGUUAACUUCUCACUUAUCAAUUGUUACAUACUGUAUACGCUUAUAUAGAUUUUUCCUAUCUAUUUUUGUAUUGAUAACAGGACUAAUGAACCAAGACAGCUUCUCGUUACAAAGCUCUGUGAGCGGUAUGGUUCUGUAGACCUCUAUGUUCAGUUGGUCCUAUUUUUCGUACUUGUCUUUCUCAGUUAUGUAAUUGAUAAACUGUUGUAUUUUUUAUUUAUUUUUUGUAGUGAAAUAACACAAAAAAAGAUGAGAUGAGAGUCUUAUCCAGCCACAAGGUACAAGGAAAUUUAUCUAAAACAUGAAAUAAUGGGCAUACCAAUCUAAAUAUAUGGGAGGUGUUGUGACUAUAUGAGCAGUUGUUCCUAGGUUGUGCUGAAGUCAGUAAUGAUGCACGUCUAGUGUCAUUCACUCUUGGACAAAAAGGAAGUCAAAAAGGGAAAAAAUACAUUAAGUGGAGUCAGUCUUUUGAACUGGUGUCCUUUGUGACUGCAAAAAAGAAGCACAUCCUUACAGCACAACAGUGAAAUGCACCUUGUGAAAGAAAGUCAGGCAGAGUAUGCAAACAUUGCCCUAGGAAUAGAAUCAACCCCUCCCCCUUUCAAGUCUUUCUCCCUCUCUCUCUCUCUUGAUCUCCCUCUUCUUCCUCCUGUCUUCUUGCUCUCUCGCUCUCUCUCUCUCUCUCUCUCUUUCUUUCUCUCUCUCUCUCUCUAGCUCUCUUUCUGGGGGCUCAGGGAGCUCUGUGCGCAGAGGCGUCAGAGGUAGUGGGGCUGCGUGGGAAUCUGUUGCCGUGAGGAGUUAGUGCCAAGUCUGGGGUGUGAUCAAAGCCAAGCCUUUCACUGCAGGAUUACGGCUCCUCUUGCUGCUCUCAAGCAGAGGGGGAAGCACAGUGUUAAAUAGCCAUUGGCCUCUAGCCUCCUCCACACGGCCUGCUCAACCCUUAACCUUCCCUUUAGAAGAGAGCAUGGCUUACUGUAAAGGAGAAUGGGGUGUCAGGAUGGCCACGGAAUUAGGAUGAUCAGUACGCUAGCCCAUGUCUACUAUUGACAAAGAAUGUCUCUCGACAGUUAUGAGCUCCCACUAAUUACAGCUUUCAUUUAGGCUGAACCACUAAAUACUUGCCACGGUCGAUGUAUGUAUGUCUCCAAACCUUGUAAGCACAGCAGUGUUCACUCUGUAGCCAUUCUUUACACAAAUCCAGAUCAUGAUCAGGCCAUUACACGAGACUGACAUGCCAGAGAAGGUACAAGAGUUGAGAGUCGUCUGCUUCAGUAAUUGCAGGGUUUAGCUGGCCGUUGGCACUCUCCUUUACUGCAUUUCUGCUGCCAGACAGGACCAAUGUUGCUUUGUGACAAAUGUCAUUUGGAGUUCUUUGCCGGCAGCUUUUAAGUCAUUCCUGUCAGACUAACACAAGUAAAGACUAGCCACUCGAUAAGAGUUUGGCGAUAGACGUGGAUUUGCUGCAGAGUGCUGAUGACUGGAGUAGAGUUUGAGUACAACUCAAAGAGUCCCCGCUAAUUAACACCAGCGCAGAGAACCCUGAGUAAUCCCAAGUUCAAGCUCUGUGUUUUUGCCUACUAUGAAAGCUGAGACAAGCUGAGUCCUUUAAUUCCAAAAAAAAAGUUUUUGUUACCAAAGAGAGGCCACUGAGUUUCAUCUGUAUGUGCCUGCAGUGGAUAACAACAGGAAUUUACAAACACCAGCAUUACACAAGAAAUAUGUCAGGAAGACCAGGGUUGCUAUUUCAGGCAGCACAAUACACACUAUUCACCAUUCUUAACACUUUCAAAGACACAAAUAUAUAUACUUUCACAAGGUGUGUUCCCACUAAAGAGGUUUUUCAACACAUGCAGAACUUUGUAAGUACAUGUUAUAUGCACUGCUUGGUCAUGCUGAUUUUGAUUGAUUAUUUAUUGAUUAUUGUCAUGUAUAGAUUCUUCUAUGUCUCAUUUUAUUUUCCUUUGAACAAAUUGCCUCUAUCCACCGAUUUGAUCGGUGCCUUACUUUUUCUCAGAAGCGUUCCUAUGAAGAGAUGUCACCUCAUUGUAUGUAAAUGUACCUCUGUAUUUGUAUUACAUUUGUAACAAUGUCUUAUGUGAUCAUUUAUGAAAAACGGGAGAUUUGUAUGUAAUAUCAUUGUUUAAAGGAGAAAACAAAAAUGCUUCUAAUGGUGAA